AUGCGACUUGCUGCCCCUGUUUUCUCGUUUAUAAUAUCGGACAUUGCUGGUGCAGUCGUAGGGAAGCAAAUCACUAUUACACCUCUUAUUCAGGGGACAUUACUCUUCCGACGUGAAAAGUCAUCAUGGUUGAACGAGACGACACGAAUUUUUGCGGCCUUGCGGAAAGCCAGCCUUGAACUAAAAGAUUACUAUAAAAAUGCUAUAGAGCA